UAGUAACACAAAUAAUUUAUCUAUAUAUAGAUGUAUCAUGAUGUACCACAAAAAAAUUCAGUGAAAAAAUGACAACCAUGAAGAAUAUGCUCAUGUUAAUGGUGGCUGCAAUUUUAUUUUGCAGCCACCAACAACUGGUUGUGGCCAGAGAAAUGGCCGUAGCCAAUGAUAGGAAUGAGUUACAGCUCUGGCCAUGGGACAUUCCAUGUUAUUUACCAUGGCCAUUCCCGUGGCCACGGCCUUAUCCAUGCCCUCCUCCACAGCCACGUCCAUGUCCGCCUCCACCUCCACCACCAUGCUCACCUCCACCUCCACCACCAUCCCCACCCCCUCCCACCCCAAGUUCGAGCUGCUCAGCUAGUGACGAAGCAAAGAUUGACAAGUGCAUGGUCAACACAACUAAAAUUGAUCCAUGCUGCCCAACAUUCAAGAGCAUACUUGGUACUAGUUGCCCUUGCUAUAAAUAUGCAGAGGAUAAGUACUAUUUUGAUUUGAUCUCUGUUGGAUCUUAUUGUGAUGUUAAUAGCCCUUGCAAGGGUUUGCAAGUGAUUAAGCUGUCCAAGGAGGAGGAGUAAAAAUAAAGACUUAAUGCUUAAUUCCAAAUCUUGUAUUAUAUUAUUUACUACAUUACUCUUUCUAUAUGUAAAAUGUUGUGUAUCAGCAAUAAUUUGGCACAUCUAUCAAAAUUGUAAUUAUAUAUUAUAUUACUCAUUUCGUGCUCCAA